AUGCCAAAUAUUUCUGUCAAUGCUCAAUGGCAACAAAAUGGUACCCCUGUGGCUGGAGGAUAUGGACCAGGAAAUGCGACCAAUCAACUCGAUUUCCCACUCGGUCUGUAUGUUGAUGAUGAUCAAACUGUCUAUGUCGCUGAUCAGUUGAAUCAUCGUAUUAUCCAAUGGAAAUCGGGUGAGACGAGUGGUCAAGUGGUUGCCGGUGGAUAUGAAGAAGGAAGUGGAGCUCAUCAGUUUUCAAUGCCAUGCGAUGUGAUUGUCGACAAAGACACCGAUAGUCUCAUCAUCUGCGAUUAUUCGAAUAGAAGAGUGGUUCGAUGGCCUCGUCGAAAUGGGACAAGUGGAGAAACGAUCAUCUCCAGCAUCGAUUGUGCGGGUUUGACAAUGGACGAGAAUGGAUCUCUCUAUGUCACUGACGAGGGAACCUUUUCAGAUGAUACCCUCCGUUUUGAUUCGUUCCCUCGUGAGGGUGAAAAACAUGAAGUGAGACGAUAUCGAAGAGGAGAAUCUCAAGGAACAGUGGUUGCAGGUGGCAAUGGAUGUGGAGAUCGUCUCGAUCAACUCUCUUACCCACGAUACGCAUUCGUCGAUCGAGAUCAUUCAGUGUACGUAUCUGACGGCGGAAAUCAUCGUGUGUUGAAAUUGGUGGAAGGCGCAAAACAAGGCAUUGUCGUGGCUGGUGGUCAAGGAGAAGGAAAUGGUCUCAAACAAUUGUCAUAUCCUGACGCAGUCGUUGUCGAUCAAUUGGGCACUGUCUAUGUGGCUGAUCACGGGAAUAAUCGAAUCAUGCGUUGGCCCCAAGGAGCCACACAGGGAAGUGUUAUUGUUGGUGGAAACGGUGGAGGAGGACAAUCGAGCCAAUUCAAUGGGCCCUUCGGUUUGUCAUUCGAUCGACACGGUAAUCUGUAUGUCGCCGACCACAACAACCACAGAGUACAAAAAUUCAACUUGGAAUCCAACCAUUAAAGAAGAAAAAGAAGAAGGAACCCCUAAAAUACCAAUAAAGACAAAUCAUUUGAAUAAAGACUAAUGCAUGUCAUUCUGAGUGUGUGUAGAGCCGUGUUAAUAUUCGUGAGAAAAGCAAUAAAAUAAAAAAACAAUAAAAAAUUAAACAAAAUAGAGGGCAAGGGAAAAAACAGGGGAGAGAAAAAGGGGGAGAGAGAGAGAGAGAAAAAAGGCAGUUCAAGGGGGUGCAUCAUAAUAUGUCCUGAGGGCAUGGGUGGGUGUGGGUGUGGGUGUGGGUGGGUGUGGGUGUAGGUGUGGGUGUGGGUGUAGGUGUUUGGUGUGGGUGGGUGUGGGUGUGGGUGUGUGGGCGUGGGUGUGGGUGUGGGUGUGGGUGUAGCUAUUGUAUUCAUUCACACCCACACCCACACCCUUAAUGUCAAAAGGCAACAAGGUCUCUACAAAUUCGAUUAUUUUUCAAGAUUUUCUAUGUAUUUAUUCUAAUCAUGAUUUAAAUCUAUGCAACAGCAAAUAAACAGAUUAUGAGACUUUUUUUAAAAAUUUUCCAAAUCGUUUAAGAAUAUACGUUUAUUCUAUAUGGAAGGGUGUGACUACGCAUUUUUAUAUAGAAGUAAACUUUGCUUAAAACUACACUCACCCUUAUUCACAUUGACACCCAAAUCAUCUCGAAAGUAAUAGAUCGUAGAGUUUCUUGUAAUUUAACAAUAAUAAAAUUUUAUUUAUCACUGAAAUUAAAUAAGAAAUUCAAUAAUUUAAUCGUGAUAAUUUACUAAAUAUCAUUAUAGUUAAAAUAUAAAAUUGAAUGAAAAUGAAUUUUUCUAUUUUUAAUUUCUAAUAUUAAUAAUAAAUUAUUUUAUUUUAAAAUAGAUAAUCAAUUACUAAAUUAUUUUCAGAAACAUCUCAUUCUCUAUUCAUUAAAUAUGUUAUAUCAUGGUUAUAGCAACUUUUAUAAUCAUAAAUGCAAUUUUCAAGUUUUUUUCAAAUAAUUAUUUUAAUUAAUUAUAAUUAUCUUUUAUUUAAACAGAUCAAUUAUUUGAUCAUCAUAAACAAUAUGCUAGUAGAACUUUAAUAAUUGGUUACUCUGAUGACUUAAUAAAAAAUCUUAUUUAUUGACUUGGUUUAAAUAUUAAAUAAUAAUCAAAAACAAAUAAAUACAAGUAAAAUAGAUUGACACACAUGGGUAACAUAUUUCAAUUAAUCUUCGACAAAUAAUGAAUUAUUUCAUUUUCAAUGUAAAUCGUUGUUUUUUAAUAUAUUGAUAUGAUAUAUUAUUUAUAUUUUGUUAACAACAUCAUAAUCAUAAUUUUCUAUCAAGUUUAUUAAAGACACUUAAAAUUAUAAUUAAAUAUUCAAAUUUGUUUUUCAUUUAUUAUUAAUUUAAACUCAAAUUGAAUUUAUAGAAAAAACUUGUGUUAGUCAAGAAUUACAAACAGAUAAAUAUUGAGAAAAAAAAAUGAAAAAAUUUUUUUUACUUUUGUUUUUUUCUCAAACAAUAGUUUAUUCAACAAAUCAACGUUCAUAUUUUUUAAAUUAAUGAACAACAAUAUAUUUUAGUAAAUAAAAUAAAUGAUGAAUUCAAUUCAACAUCAAUGAUUAAUAAUAAAAAACAAACAUCCACUAUUAAACUUGUUAAUUAUUUAGAUAUUUUUUCUGAUUAUAUAUACAUGACUCAAUAUAUAUUGAUCAUAAAUCAUCUAUUAGUGUUAAAUCUACUAUACUAACAUGUCUCUCCAAUGUUUAUCAACAAUUUAGUCCAAUUGGUUAUUGACUACUGAAAAUAUUUUUUAAUUCUUAUUUGACGCUUUUUUUUGUUCUAAAGUUUCACUUAAAUAAAAUAGAUCUAUUUUAUGAUCGAAAAUUAUUUCCAAUAUUGUAACAGUAGGAGAAUUUAAGUGAAUGGAAUCAAUCUGGUCAAUGAGUUUGUGAUAAAGUUUAGUUGAUGUCGCAUCAAUUGGUUAAAUAGUCAAAGUUAUCUAAUAGAUAUGAAAAUUUUAUUAAUAAAUUAUUAAAACAAAACUAUAUGAAUCAUAUUUAUUGAAAUUUAAAAAUUUAAGAAUGAAGAUUUUUCGAUAUUUGAUUUCAUUAUCUGUAGUUCUAUUCUUACUUUUAAUUUGUUUUUUGAAACAAGCAAAAGACAAGAAUAUUAUUAGAUUCGAAAGUAUAUCAAUUAGAGCAUUUUAUUGAAAUAGGUUAGAAAUACUAAACUUUUUAGAGACCAAAGACUAUUUAUACAUCCAAGAUUGAAAAUAUAGAAUCACACAAUUAUCUAAAAAAACUUUCUAAGUCGAAAUUUAAGAUAUGAGAUCAAUUGUAUUCUCUAAAGAGUCUUAACAUAUCUUUUAUCAUUAUGUGAAUACGGUUAGUUACAUUUACGCGGUGUAUAUGCAAAUAUACUUGCUAAAUUAAUUCAAACAACAAUUCAUCUAUAAAACUAUUCUUAUUAUUAAAUUCUUUUAUUAAUCAAUGUUGACUUGUAUCAACUGAUUCCCAAGACAAUUCAAUAUUAGAUUCGAAUAUUUAUUGUCUCUAACUUUUUAUUAAAAAAAAUUUUCUUUUGUUUUAAAACAUAUUCAAUUAUAUAUAUUCGAUGAAUUAUUUUCUAUACUUCUAUUAUAUUUUAAUAAUAAUAAUAAUAAUGCACGUAUUAUAUAUGUUUCAUUAAAUAUUUAACGAACAUUAUUAAUUUAAAGUCAUGGAUUUAUAAUUAUAGGAAUUUUAUUAUUGAAAGGUUCUAUUAAACAUAAUACAAUUUUCUGUAUAUUUUAUAAAAUAGAUAAAACAAGUUUAUAAUAAUAAGAAUUUGUUUGUGUGUAUAUAUGAAAUAGUUUAUUCUAGCUCAAUUUAUAAAUGAUAUUGAUUUUUGAAUAUUAAUUUAUAUUGAAAAACAACAACAAUUAAAAUAAAAUUAACCUGAUAUCAUUGGCGUAACCAGUAUUUACAAGUACCAUGAAUCUCUGGUUAAUAGUGUGCUGAUAUAAGCACUCGCUCUAUCUUAAUUAAUGUACAUAACGACUCUUUUCUCUAUACACACUGAUAAUAUCUAUUAUGUGUUCAAAUUCAUCUAUCCUGUUUGACAUGUGUCUCUCUUCCUUUUUGUCGUGUUCUCU